AUGGCGAAGGCCGUGUGCAACAGCACCAAGACCAGAGCGCAUGAAAGCUACCCCCCCACAUCUACCACAACCAACGCGGAUCACAAACACCGACAGAUACGACACCUACAAAGACCAGCUGCACGCACACACUCUAACACCAUAAUGGGUCACUUACCUAUUGAGACUCAUCACAAGCUCUCGGCUCCGUUACAGAGAUGGGCCAGCAACCAGCGGCAGAGAAAGGAGCACAGCAAACCAGCGCUCGCCCAAUGA